UCCAACACAAUCAUAAACAAGACUUUCCAACACUGGAUAACGGACGCGCCAUUGAAAGUUAUUGCUAUCCGACGCCAAAAUCCAAAUAGAAAUGGAAGAAUAUUCUGUGAGCAAAGGUUUUCUGGCUGAAAUUAUGCAAUGCAGUGACAACAUACCAGAGUUGGAGGAGCUUCUUGCCAAAAAUCGUCUUCUGACAGCCAAGGAGGCUUCCAUUAAUAAAGAGCUGGAGCAUCUUUGUUUCGAUUUGGUUUUAGUUGAUACGGCACACCGGAACGUGGAGGAGGAACGGGCCGAAGUUGAGCAGGCAGCCAAGCUGUUGAACGAAGCGUACGCGAAGGCCCUACAGGUGGAGAAUCGUUUGAACAGCAUCAACCUGCCGGAGCUCCUGGGCCACAAGAUACAGUUAUACAAAAUGGAGGCCGAGAAGCAUCACAACGAGCAAGUGGAGAUGGUUAAGAAGCGUGAGGAGGUGCUGGCCAAUAUGGAAAAUCGAGAUAUUGUGCAACAAUUUCGUCACCUACAAAUCGCCACUGAGGAGGCUAAGGAGGAGCUGGCGGCUGCCGAGAAGAAAUUCGGAGAGUUCCUAUAUCUGAAGAACGAGAAAAUGAAUUGGCACAAAAUUCGAUUCAACCAGAACCUGGUCAGCGUCCUGAUGGCCAGGAAGCAAAUUCUCGACAUACAGGAGCCCAUGACAUUCGAGUCAACAUCAUCGUCGUUGCCGCCGGCAUUUGAAUCAGAUUCGAUGAGUUCCCCCAACGAAAACAUGUCUCGAUUAGUAGCAGAGCCCACCAUCUUGAAACGAUCCAUCCUUAAAAGGUCCAGAAGCGACAAGAAAGAUAGUAAUGAACCGGUGGGGGGGAUCGUCCAGUCAAGCUCAUCUUUCAAUAUCGCCAGCAAGCGAGUACAAUUCGCUAUUCCCCUGGAGCAAGUUCGUAUAAUACCGAACCGAGAGGACGAGCCGUGGCGCGAAGGAUAUUUUCAGAAAUAUAAGUCGAAGAGGCACUCAUUGCGCCGUUUCCUAUUCAGUUCUGAGGAAGAGCAACAGGAAGCUGUCAAGAAAUUCUGUCAAUUGCGAGUGGAAGCAGCAGAGAAGUCUCUGUAUCAAUCACAUCUAGCUCGGCGCAGUGCUGAAGAUGCCUGCACAUCCCAGGAGGUGCCACAAAAGAGAUUUAAAUUAUCUCUUCCUGUACUGAAUGGACGUGCUACUACCAGCGAUCCAGGGGAUCCAUCCGAUCAACAGGCAGAAAAGGAAAACGACAGCACUGACAUUAAGACGCGAUCCAUAUUGAUUCGUCAACGGGAGGACGACGAUGUUAGCAGCUCGGGAAUGCCCGCCAAACGUGUGCGAUUCGCUUCCUACGUACAACCUGAAAAUCUAACGUUUGCAAAGAUUGCCAAGAGGGGAGACUCGGACGAGGAGAGUUCUUCAGAGGGUUCUGAUCAGGAAUCGUCGGACGAAGACAAUGAUUCGAUUCUAGUUCCUAAGAAAUCUGAAGAGCAUCAGACGGCAGAGGAAGAUCAGCUCACAUCUUCAGAGGAAGAUGACAAUUCGGAGGAGGAAUCUUCAGAGUCAGAUGAUUCAGAUGAAGAUGAUUCGAUUGUAGUUGCCAAGAAAUCUGAGAAGGAUAAGGCAGGAGAGGAAGAUGUGUGCCAGCCCGAUAGUUCCAAAGAGGUUGAGGAGAAGAAGUCUGAUGAGGAGGAGGAGGAUGAAGACUCCGAGGAAGAUAGUGAAGAUGAGAAACCAGAAUCUAAGAGUUACAGUUUGGAAUCCGAAAGUUCCACAUCUGACUCGGAAGAGGACAAAAAUGAAAACUCAUUAGACACGGAGCAUCUGGAGCAGAAAUCGCCCGAGCAAGAGUCGUCGUCCGAGGAAAGUGAGGAGUCUGGAGAUGAAGACGAGCCAGGAAAACCAGAGUCAUUACCGGAAUCCAGUGAGGAGAUACAGGAAACCCCGGAGGAGCCCAUACCUAUGGAGGUGUGUGACAAUGUGGAGGAAGUUGUGAUCCCAGAAUCAACUGAAGAAAUCGGAGAUAAAAUGGAGACACUAGAAACUGAAGAAAAGAAAAAGGAUGAAGAAUUUACCUUGGACAUGGCUCCCAUUCAGCCAAUAGUGACCAAUGUGGAGAUUAUUGAAACGGCCCCACCUAAUAAUGACACUGAGAGUACCAUCCCGACAGCAGGGAAAUCUCCUUUUGAACUAGAAGGCGAUGAUAUACCCAGUACCUCCACGGGCAGGACCCACUCUACGGAUUCUCCCUUUGAUAUGGACGAUUUCAUGUUCCCGAUGGCCCAAGCUGUUCCCCAUGAACUAAGUAUCUCAGAUUCCAGCCAGAGCUCCUUCCUGAACUUCUCGUCAUCCGAUUUUGCGUUCAACGAUGACUUUUUCUUUAACGACGACACCGAUAAUGGCCAGUACGUUAGCAUCAACUACGAUUUGUAAUUGAAUAACUAAGCUAAACCAGUUCCUUUAAUAUUAA